AUGGAGUACUCGCCGUCUCUUGAGAUCGAGGGCUCGCUGGAGACGGGCUGCUUGGUGUCGACCAAGAGCUCGCAUCCUUCCGUGAAAGACGAAGCUGCCUGGGUGCAGGCUAUCCGCUCUAAAGAUGCUGUGCUCAGCAUGCCGCAGACCAUCGCCCACCGCGGGUACAGCAGCAAGUUUCCAGAGAAUUCAAUGAACGCCUUCAAGCAUGCUAUAGACGUAGGUGCAAAUGCUAUCGAAACGGACGUUCAUCUCUCGAGAGAUGGGGUGGUGGUGCUCUGCCAUGAUUCCACCCUCAAACGCUGCUUUGGCGUAGAUAAACGAGUAGUCGACUGCGACUGGAAGUACCUGAGUACACUACGAACCUUGAAAGAACCGCAUGAGCCUCUGCCUCGACUGGUAGACUUGCUGGAGUACAUAGCUUCUCCCGAGCGCGCGCAUGUGUGGAUAUUACUGGACAUAAAGGUGGAUAAUAAUACGCAUAAUGUAAUAGCAGGCCUUGCCGACGCCCUCGCCUCAGUCCCAUCGCCCAACCGGCCUUGGGACGAGCGUGUAGUUCUAGGCUGCUGGACGGCCGAAUACCUCUCUCUCGUCCGUGACCACUUCCCCACCUAUCCCCUCGCCAUCACCACUUUCUCCAUCCAAUACGCCCGACAGUUCCUGCGCGUUCCUGGCGUGAGCAUUAGUAUCAACCAAAAAGUGCUUAUGGGCUGUGGCGGACGCAAAUUUCUCGCGCAGGCAAAACGUGCAGGCAAAGCUGUGUUUGUGUGGACAGUGAACCACAAAGCCUUGAUGUGGUGGAGUAUCAGACAUCAGGUGGACGGCGUCAUUACCGACCGCCCAGCCGUGUUUGUCGAGAUUGGGAAGGAGUUGGAGGAUGAUGACUAUGGAGAUGGGUUCCUGGGCAACGGGGAGGCGAUGGGAAUGGAGCAGAGAAUGGCUGCGAUGGUGGCCACAGUGGCAUCAUGGGUACUAGGAGUCCUGUUGAUGGUGAUGCAUCCCGUAAAACGGACAGGGCUGGAUGGGGUAGAUGAGGAGACCAUUCCAUAUGCUUAG